UUUUUUUUUCUCUUUACAUACACGAUGGUCCUUGUUCUUGCUAUUGGUGAUUUACAUAUUCCUCACAGAAGUCAUGGUCUUCCAAGUAAGUUUAAAAAGCUUUUGGUACCUGGCAAAAUCCAAAAGAUCUUGUGUACAGGCAACAUGGUCGAUAAAGAAACGUUUGAGUACCUUAGAACAAUAGCAGGUGAUAUUGUAGCUGUCAAGGGUGAUUUUGAUGAAGCCAACUUGCCACAGGCUAAAGUGAUGACAGAAGGCAAUUUACGUAUUGGUAUCAUUCAUGGUCACCAAGUAAUUCCAUGGGGUGAUGCUGAGUCUUUGGAUAUCACUGCUCGUCAAAUGGAAGUAGAUGUGUUGUUGUCUGGACACACACAUAAAUUCGAAGCAUAUGAAUAUAAUGGACGAUUUUUCAUCAACCCAGGCAGUGCUACUGGUGCUUAUUCUUCUAUACCUGAAGCCAAUGACCCUAUACCUUCUUUUGUUUUAAUGGAUAUUCAAGGAAAUCAAGUUGUUACGUAUGUUUACAAAUUGAUUGAUGAUGAAGUCAAGGUUGAAAAAUUGGAGUACAAGCGUGCUAGUGAAACUAAAAUGUUGUAAACUGUAUUUGUAAUAAUAAAUAGGGGUUUCUCUCUUUUUUUUUUA